CAAAUUCAACAACACCCACUAUUCAGACAGCCAUGAUACCACCUCUACAUGCUUCGCACUCAUACCCUUUUGGCAAUUUCAAACCAAAAAUUCAAAGAGCUGUUAACUCAUUUUCACUCAAUAGCAAUCCCCUUUACGCAAUUUCUUCAAUCCUUCAGAAUAUUCAGCAGAAUAGAGAGACAUGGGGAUUCCGAUUCGAGCAGCAGGGGUGGAUAAUCUGAGCGAUAAAGCCGCGAUGAUGAGAGAAUCACUACAGAAGAGUCAGUCAAUCACGGACAACAUGGUUUCCAUGUUGGGUUCUUUUGACCACCGUCUCUCCGCCCUAGAAACUGCUAUGCGUCCGACUCAGAUAAGAACACAUGCAAUACGCAGAGCUCAUGAGAACAUUGAUAAGACUUUGAAGGCUGCUAAUGUUAUAUUGAACAGAUUUGAUCUUUCUCGCGAGGCGGAGUCUAAAAUAAUUAGAGGUCCACAUGAGGAUCUUGAAGGCUAUCUUGAAGCUAUUGAGAAUCUAAGAAGCAAUAUUCGGUUUUUUACAAACAAUAAAAGCUUUAAGAGUAGCGAUGGGGUGCUUAGUCAUGCAAAUAAUCUGCUUUCCAAAGCUAUCUCCAAACUCGAACAUGAAUUUAAACAACUUUUAUCAUCAUACAGUAAACCUGUGGAGCCUGAUCGUCUAUACGAAUGCCUACCUAAUUCCCUACGCCCCUCAUCUGGAUCACCUGAAACAAAUGCCAAAAAUCCAUCUUCCAUAAUGAUCGAAUCACUGCAGAAAAUGCUGUUUAUAAUCCUCCUGUCCUCAUUCCACCUCGUGUGUUGCCAUUGUUACAUGAUCUAG